AUGCCACGUUGGCUUCAAGGUUUUCUGAUCCUGGCGGUCUCGGGGUGUUGGGGAAAGAGCUUAGAGGCCCGCAUGGAAUCGUUUAGUUGUCCCAAAGGUGAGGAGGAAACGCUCUUCAGUUGUGAGACUCGACUUAUUGGAAGGGACCGACUGUUGAAUGGAACGUUUACACCCCAUGUCGACCUCGAUGAGAGCUUUGAAGUUUGGAUAAAUACACUGCAGUUUAAGAAUGGAGACUGGGUGCAAGGAAACAUCAAGUUGCGCCUCAAGGCCUGCGAGUUUUUCACCAAGUUCUUUGGUAUAUAUUUCCUAACGAUGAUCAAGGACACAAACAUUCCGCCUGUCGAAGAGAUGUGCCCUUUUAAAAAGGGUGUUUACUAUAUAAGGAACGGCAAGAUGGAACCGGAGAACUGGCCAACAUUGUUUUAUCAUGGCCUAAACAAAUUCAAUAUUGAUUUUGUAAGGGAUGGCAAAAUGACAGGUGGCUUUAGGAUUGUUCUCGACAUUUCAGAAGCAGCAAGAUAAACAUAAA